AUGAAUAGCCUCCAGACACUUCCAACGGACGUCCUGAUCAAUAUUUUCACUCUGCUCUCCAUCCCUGACAUCCUCAACCUGCGACAAACGAACAAGCUAUUCCUCGCCCUUUCCAAACAAUCCAUCGUAUGGAUUAAUGCGCGAAAGAGUGAAAUUUUCAGCAAGUUGUGGCCUUGCGAGAUGGCCAAAGAUGAUAAAGACGAGGAAAAGACGACGAGAAACGCGUGGAGAUUGGGUCGUCGUUGGGCAUCUGAUACGGAGAAGGCGAUGCCAGUGCGGAGAGAACGAAGUUUUAUGACCAACACGAGCACUGCGGUAUCUGAUAUCCGGUUCUUGGUGGUCCACGGUCGCAAGACACUGCUAACGGUGUCGAAAGGGAUCUGGUCGGUGUUGACACUGUGGGAUAUUGAUGAGAGCGACGAUGAAAACGAGACGAAGUUAUCUGAAUGGUCGCCCAGAGGGGGUCUGUUCACCGGCCUGGCGAUAAAUGAAGACGCGAAUGUUGAAGAACAGUUGGCGGUUUCGAUUGCUAAGAACGGGUCUCACGAAACUUUACUUCUAGAAAUAGACACGACUUUCAGUCUAACACCAAAACGUCGAAUUCCGUCGCCCGAAGGAGCCAGCCCUCUUCGAGCUCUUGCGUUCUCUGGUUCGGUCUUGGCUCUCGCGGACGACCUAUCACACACCACGAUAUUUGACUGGGCAACAGGAGAGAUGGCUAUCUUAACCGAGGACGUAGAUGAAGAAAGGGAGGGAAGUACUGGCACUGCGAAUUGGAAGCAUAAUAUCGCGAUGCAGGUUGUGUUUGCUCACCGCUCGGUACUGGUCGUCCGUGCUCGCUCGCUAUCGCUCUUCCAACAGCCUUCGCUUUCGCCUUCUCCCUCAAACAUAGAAGGUUCCAUUCACGAACAUCUCAGACUCAGAGUUGAAACAGAAGUAGUCGAAUUUGAAAACGAACCGCAACUCUCCAUGCGCCCGCUGAUACCCACAUAUACCCCAAUCGCCAUGCAUAGCUUCGGUUGGGUAGACGGAAUAGACGUCGUUUUGACCUCACCCAAACCGUCAUCACCUCGAGCUGAUCUCCAAGUUUUUGUACGAGCAGAAAGCGACAACCCCUGGCGCUCAGGCGAAGGUUCAAUCGAUGUUUAUGUCUUACGAGCGAGCCCAGACUUUGACGAAAACGAUGGACCUCAAGUUCAAACACUUCCGCUCGAAAGCUCUUCAGCGUUAUCUCCUUACAUCUUCCCUCCAUAUCCUCUUGCAUCUCUACCUACCCCACGAGGAUCCUUGAGAUGCAAUACAGUGCGUGCUGGCUCUUGUAGCACCGCCCUUUGGGUCUGCCCUCUCGCCACCACCUCAAUCCAUUCCACCAAUAGAACUGCAGGGCUUGUGGUUGACCAAUGGGCUGUUGACGGUGCCGCCGGGCUGGAUAUCUAUGGUGUCGGCGUUGGUGCUAGUGUUGGCAGUGUCGAGUAUGGAGAUAGCAGCACACUGAACCGCCAUGGGGAUACAGGUCUUGUUGAUGGAAAUGGUAUCGACAUCUAUGGUAUUGGAAUAGGAGUGGGGGAUCAGAGCAGUCAAAUCGUCACUUCCAGUACGGCCAUCACUAGGAGAGGUGAAUCACUGGUCGCAGGUGUUUUUCCAGGUCCUUUUCUUGAUUCGCCGGAACCAAGGAUGAAGCAGGUACUCGGUAACAUGGGUUCUAAUGGGUGUACGGCUAUGGAUUACGAUGAGGUCAGUGGGAGGGUCGCUAUGGGGCUAGGUGAUGGGAGCGUUUGGGUGGGGUAUCUUUGA